GGGAUCUGAGGAGGAGGAGGGCGGUGAUGAUGAUGAUGAUGAUGAUGAUGAUGACAGUCCACUAGACCGCCUCCACCACAGCCACAGCGCACGGCUCGCGCAUUCCGCUCCGCGCCGUGGACCGGGAUGGACUCGAGGCUGCAGAUCCGACCCGGGAUCCCCACUCCGGACCUGGACCUGGACCUGGACCUGGACCUGGACCUGUCCACUCCCGCGCCCUGGAACCUCAGCUCCGGCAGCCCGCGUCCGCACCGGCUCCUGGAGCUGCCGGCGGCCACGACCACCGUUUCUAUGGAUACGAGUCACCCAUUCCCGACAGUAGACGUCCCUGGAUACGUCCAUUACACCAUCGGUGUCGUCAUCAUGGCGGUGGGCAUCACAGGCAUGCUGGGAAACUUUCUGGUCAUCUAUGCGUUCAGCAGGUGCAGGGGUUUGCGAACUCCGUCCAACAUUUUCAUCAUUAACCUGGCAAUCACGGACUUCCUCAUGUGCCUGACCCAGACGCCCAUCUUCUUCAUCAGCAGCAUGCACAAGCAGUGGAUCUUUGGAAAGAAAGCCUGUGAGUUGUACGCCUUCUGCGGCGCCUUGUUCGGCAUCUGCAGUAUGAUGACGCUGAUGGUGAUCGCGGUGGACCGCUACGUGGUCAUCACCAGACCGCUGGCGUCCCUGGGCGUCAUGUCCCACAGGAAGGCCCUGCUCAUCUGCGCCGUGGCCUGGGUCUACUCCGCCGGGUGGAGCCUCCCCCCGUUCUUCGGCUGGAGCGCCUACGUCCCUGAAGGCCUGAUGACGUCGUGUUCGUGGGACUACAUGACCUUCACGCCGUCGGUGCGGUCCUACACCAUGCUGCUCUUCACCUUUGUCUUCUUCAUCCCCCUGUCCAUCAUCAUCGUCUGCUACUUCUGCAUCUUCAGGGCCAUCCGACACACCACACGGGCAAUAACAAAGAUCACCUGUGAAACCAGAGACUCGGCCAAGAAGUUCCACAAAAUGAAGAACGAGUGGCGGAUGGCGAAGAUCGCGCUCAUUGUCAUCCUGCUGUUUGUCAUCUCGUGGGCGCCGUACUCCUGCGCCGCCCUCACCGCCUUCGCCGGAUACGCCAACCUGUUGACUCCGUACAUGAACUCCAUUCCUGCUGUGAUCGCCAAAGCCUCUGCCAUCCACAACCCCAUCAUCUACGCCAUCACACACCCCAAAUACAGGUCGGCCAUCAGCAGGUACGUCCCCUACCUGGGCGUCUUCCUGUGCGUCACCGGCAGAGACAGGUUCACCAGCAGCAGUUUCCAGUCCACCCACCGCUCCACGCUGGCCAGCCAAUCAGACGGCCUCCAGCCCAGCAAAGCCCCGUCCUCCAUAUCCAGCGAAUCAGCCGUCUCCGACACCGAGGAGGACUCGUCGAUUCGGACGCCGACCGGUCGUCGCGUCUCCGUCAACGGCAAACCCGUGCGCCACGCCAGCCAGAGGUCAAAGGUCAAAGGUUACAACUCGGUGGAUCUGCUGAGAAGAGAUGAACUGACCAUCAGUCACCUCUGCCAGACCACGAGUCUGACCGAGCCCGAGGACAUCUCCAUGUCGGACAUGGGUGUCCGACCGUCCACACAUUUACCGGCAGCUGUCAGAGUGGACCAGACCCCCCCCCGUCCACGACCAGCGCUAAAAGACCUAAAAGAAGAACCGCAGCUGAGGCCUACGAGCAAGGCAUCGGUCAUCAUCACGUCCAUAUCCAGCCCGUCCAUCGUGAGCAGCCAGCCGGGUUUCCAUGGCAACCUCAAAAUGACCAAAACAUGCAGCCCUAUUCUCAAGGAGCCUGUUGAGAUACCCCGACUGGAGACCACAGCGCUGCCGUGAAUGCUGGGAUACGAGAGCGAUGACGGUGCAAUCACAGCCCAGUGUGGUGAAAAAAAGAACCCGACCAACGGGAAAACACGCAAAGUUUACGACGGAAACAAAGCGCCCAGGUGUGAAACCUUCCGUCCAGAUGCACAACUCCUCCAUCACCACCUCCGUUCCAUCGUUCCCGUCACUUUACCUCGUCUUUUUCAGGCUCUUUUCAACCACGUCUUGAUCUUUCUACGCCUGCUGCACCUCUGACUACGAUUGUAAAACCUGUUCAGACUGAAUCAAUCCACCCUGAUGCCAUAUCGUUUGGUUAAAGUCGACUUUAAUUCACAUUUGUCCUGCAGCGCACGUUAAUGAAUGUACAAAAUUACAUAAUGAAUAUGUUUGAAAUAUUACGACGAACCUUUUGGCAUUAGAGAAAAUGCUAAAUAUAUAUAUGUAUAAAGUUUAAAUAUGGCUUUAAUGAAGUGAAGCUUUUAUGAAGUGAUGGUUUCAUGGUGAUUUAGUUUUGUUUGUACAAGAUGUUUUGUGUUUUUAUUUAUUUUUCUAAAUAAAGAUGUGAAGAAAGACUG